AUGAGAGUGCACCAUGUCCACCACGUCAUUUCUGGUGCCGUGAGGAGCAGUCGCGUGAAGGAUUUUCAGAAUGAGAACCGACUUGCAUUCCGUUGUCGUCGGCUGCCUUCGUGGAUUCAAGGCUACAUUAAGAGUCCUUAUGUAAAUCAACUGUAUGUGGCAAACGUCGCACGUCAGCGUGCUGCUGCCGAUGAGAACAAGCUUCGUGAGGACGCUCAACGGCAGAGAGUGAAAAGGCUGUUGGAGCAAAUCCCAGCCGACGAAUUCCAUUCAGAUAUGAGGAGUAGUGAAUGUGCCAUAUGUAUGGUGGAUUUCGAGUGUGGGGAGAAGGUUCGGUUUCUGCCAUGUAUGCACUCCUUCCAUCAAACCUGUGUGGAUGAUUGGUUGAUGAGGUCUUUCACGUGUCCGUCCUGCCUCGAGCCAGUAGACUCGACGAUUCUCUCUUCGCUUACUGCACAUACACAGCAGUCUUUUCGGGACCUAGCUUGUUCUCCUGCAAUUCAUGGAAAACCUUUAAGCUGA